AUGGCGUGGGCUGCGCGCGGCGGGGAGCCUUCGUCCCUCCCCGCCGCCGUGGCCGACGCCGUCCUGAGUAAGUACGCGUCCCUGCCAAAGAACGGCAAGCCCCAGGCGCACGAGUACACCUCGCUCGCCGGGUUCGCCCUCACCGACGACCUCACCCCGGACGCUCCGCCGGUGGUGGUGGCGCUGGGCACCGGAACGAAAUGCCUGGGCGCCGACCGGCGGUGCUCCGAAGGCCUGGCGCUCGCCGACUCGCACGCCGAGAUCCUCGCGCGCAGGGCGCUCGUGCUGUACAUGUACGACGAGAUAGACAGGCUCGUCGCCGCGGGGCGGACGCGGGCGCUCGAGAACCCGCGCGUCUCCAUCUUUCGACCCAUCCAACGCGCCGAGAAGACCAUCGUCGGCGGGGCGAUCGCGCGGGACCGGCCACAGCCGUGGUGUUCGCUUCGUCCGGGUGUCAGGGUGCACAUGUACGUGUCGCAGUCCCCGUGCGGGGACGCGUCAGUAUUCAGGGCGCAAACCUCGGCGGACGCCACGAACGGGUUGACCGACAAGCCAUGGGUCAACCAUUCGUCAAUGGGUCAACCGUGGGUCAACAAACGCGCCAAGACGGCUGCCAACCUGGGAGCCGGGAGCACGGGCGCCAAGCUGCUGACGGGCGCGCCGGGCGCCGUCACGGACGCGGAGUUCGGCGCAGGCGCACAACGACUGGGCGCGGCGAGGCUCAAGCCCGGACGCGGCGCCCAAACCUCGUGCAUGAGCUGCAGCGACAAGAUGUGCAAGUGGAACGCGCUGGGGCUGCAGGGCGAGUUGCUGUCGAGCGUGGUGGAGUCUCCGGUGAGGAUAUCGUCCGUCGUCGUCGCCGCACCCGAGGGGGGUGUCGAGGGGGGUGCCGAGGAGGGUGCCGAUAAAAACGACCACGCCCCGCACGUCGCCGCGCUCCGCAGGGCGAUCCACGAUCGCAUCGCGCGGCCGUACGGUGCCGGGUACGAGUGGUACACAUCGAUUUCUCGUUUCGGGAAGAGCGUCGACGGAAACCUCGUCGCGCUUCCGCCGCCCGCGGUCGCGUCGUGCCGCCCGCCGCCGCCGAACCUGAGCAGCGCGUCGGGCCUCCGCCGUGGAUGGGUCGCGUGCGGCACGUCCAUCAACUGGAUCGCCGGCGGGGGAACGAGCGGCGGGGGGGGAACGACGGAGGUGACCCUGGGGGCGACGGGGAGGAAGGCGGGGUUUAGCAAAAAAAACGCUCGCUCUCCCAAAUCCGCGUCGAGGCUGUGCGCCGCGUCGAUCGCCGCGAGGUUCGUCUCGUUGGCGCCCAAGUUCGCGAUCGACCUCCGUGUUGAUGCGGGCCCUGGCGGCGAUGGGCGGCGUCUUCGCUACGCGGACCUUAAAGUGUCGGACAGAGACGCGUGGACGGAGAGGUUGUCCGGAAGUUGUUUGGAUGUUGUCGAGCGCACCGAGGCGUACCGUCGCCGCCGCGACGUGUUGAUCCGCCCCCGUGACCUUUUGCGCGAGGGCGACGACGGGACGGCGCGUUGUGAUUCGACCGCCGCCUCUUCGCUCGUCGCGGCAUCGCGGCAUCAUCUCGCGCCGCCCGGGCCCGAUCACCCGAUGUUCGACACGCCUCUGCGCGACUGGGUGAAAAAGCGCGGAGCUCCGGGGGGAUCGAUGCGCGCUGACUCGCCGGGCGCGUCGUCGUUCGCGGUGCACGGUGCGACGCCCGGCGCGAUCGAUGCGCGCUGGUGGGAGCCCGAGGACGACGGGGACGACGGGAACGGAUGA